CCUACUUCCUUCCCCUCGCUGGUUGACUUAUCAUGGCAUGACUUGAAUUUGCUGUGAGUCAGACAGCUGUGGCCUUCAGAGUCAGAUUCCUCUCUGCUGUCCAGGCGAUUUUCCUGCUUACAUCUGAGACCAUGAUGGAAACUACAACGUAUGAUUACGAUUACACCGAUGACCCUCACACCCCUGUCGCACCAUGUAACAGGGACAGUGACAACCAGCUGGGAGCUCAUCUGUCCAUCAUCUUCUACUUUAUGUUUCUCUUCAGCCUCUUUGGCAAUGGGCUGGUCCUGGUCAUCAUCUAUCGGUUUGAGAAGUUGACCACUGUGACCAACAUCUUACUGCUGAAUCUGGUGGUGUCCUCACUGAUCUUCAUGAGCAGCCUUCCCUUCGUUGGAGUCUACAUGCAGCUCUCCAACUGGAUCUUUGGCAAGGUCAUGUGCAAGAUUGUUGGCAGCGUCUACUACCUGGGUUUCUACAGUUCUGUACUCUUUCUAACUCUGCUGACCUUCGACCGACACCUAGCAGUCGUGUACUCCUUGGGCUCAUCGCGGCUUAGGAAUCAAAGCUAUGCGGUAGUCUCCUGUAUUGUGGUGUGGCUGGUCAGCGGACUGGCGUGCAUCAAGCAGAUGAUUCUCCACACCACCUUUGUUCAUUUAAUUGACAACAAAACCUACUGUGAGGAGUAUCCUACUGAAUUGUCUAAUAUUAAUGUGCAGCAACUGAGAACAUCUGGAUUUUACAUUCAGCUUUUCCUUUUCUUGAUAUUUCCUCUGGCUGUGAUUGUCUACUGCUAUAUUAGGAUUGCUAUCACUGUCAUAUCAUCCAGGAUAGUUACCAAGUUCAAGACAGUCAGGUUAAUAUUCAUCAUUGUGCUGUUGUUUUUUGUGUGCUGGACCCCAUACAACAUUGUACUGUUGAUGCACGAUAAAGUCACUAGCUGUGCAUCAGCUCAGAAAUGGGGUUAUGCUCUUCAUGUCACUCGUAAUCUGGCCUACAUUUACUUUUGCAUCAGUCCCAUGUUUUACACAUUUGUUGGGAGAAAGUUCCAGAGCUAUUUCAGACAGCUGCUGGUGAAGCGUUUCCCAAGGUUAAAGAAGCAUGUUUCUGUCAGUCAACAAAGCGCAACUAAUAUGUCCACGAAAACUACACCAAAUGAUCUUUAAGGAGUGGAACACCUUUGUUUUUGGGGACUGUGCAUUGUUCUGACGGACCAUUAUUCCAAAACCAUGGUAGUCUGAAAAAUGUCCCAUUGGACCGUUAUUCCAAAAAGAAAAGCUCACUACUACAAGGCCCUAAUUUUUGCCAUUAGUAACUUUGUGUAUGAUUUGAUGUGCAAAUGUAACCUUCAUUGCCAUUGCUAGAUGAGCUUCUUUGUCAUGGUAACAAUAAUAAACAAGUGUUUAACGUGAAAAAGUCACAGUUUUUUAGCUUAAGGCAACACAACUACUUGUUAGGUUAAGGGAAAGAUCAUGAUUUGGGUUAAAAUGGCGUAAUUAAGUUAUGUGUGUGAUGCAAGUAAAUAUGAUACGUAAUUUUUACCAGAUUGGUAUUUUCAGAGCAAUGGGUCUUCAGAGCAAUGGCUGUCUGUUUUUGGCUGUUGGACAAUCAGGCUUUUGGUCCAAUGGGACAUUUUUCGGACAAUUUCGAAAAAAAUUACCUAGGACAUUGUUUCUCAAGAUUGCCAUGUGUUCAGCAAACCAUGUGUUUAAAAACAACCGGAAGAAUGCUGUAAAAGUUUGCAUUCUUCUUUUUUUUGUCAGGGUGGAGAGCAAUGAAAUUAGUAUAUCUGCACAAAUCUAAAUGGAAACUCAUGUCACCUCGAGACUGAAUAAACAAACACCAUUCUUGCCUGUAUUUUCAAAUCUUUUUGCCUUUCAAAGCACGCUGUAACAGUUAGGAGGAUCUGUUGGCAGAAAUGCAACAUAGGUAUGAUUUCAUUUAUGUAUAAUCAUCUGAAAAUAAGAAUUUCAUUCCCUUAGAAUGAGCCAAGUGGAAGAAACAUGGAUUUCAAGUGGUAUCUUGUAAAGAACUAUAACCUUGGUCACUUCGGGUCGCUUGUGUUUGCUCCAUCAAGUUCCCAUAGAGAUUAUCAAUAGUGAAGAUAACAUUAAGGAAGUUGAACUAAGACCAAGUAAUCUGCUUUUUUUGUUUUUUAGAAACAUACAUCUAGCAAAAGCCAUUUCUGCUACAAACCCUCAUGUUCACCACGAUUACCUUUCUUUAUUGCAGUGAAUGAAACAAUGGUGAUUUGACUGAAUGUAGUCAGUAGUCAAGUGUGUCGGACAACCUUGAGUGACAAAUGCAUCCAGGAAGGGGUCCAUAGUUUCUUAAUGUGAACUUUUUCACCCUAGUCCUACAUGAAAAGGGCUUUGAAUGUUAUACAAAAAGAGGUUUGUACAAGUCUGGGAAGUGGUGUCGGCAACUGACUCUGAAACACCCAACUGUAGCAUCUAUAAACUAUCCUAAAAUAGUGUGCUUCUCCAAAAGUGUGCACACUCACUGUCCAGUCAUUUUCCACAUGGCCUUGAGCCUGCAAAUGUUUGUGAUUAUAUUUGUUCAGUCCGUGUGUUAUUCUUAUAUUAUUGCUUUUUAAUGAUGUUUUAUAAUGAAUAAUUUUCUUAAAGUAAAAUUACUUUAAAAUUAUGUAGAAAAACAGUUGAUUGUAAUGUUAUGAUUCAGUUAUCAUCCACUUAAUCAAGUGUUAUAUGAAAGGAAUGUGCCAUGGAAGGAAAAGAUGGAGAAAGCUGCACCAAAAAAGGGAUUUGAAAGCUUUGUGGUCAGUUUUUUUUUUUUUUUUUUUGGUUGGCUCUUGCACUUGCUUGUGUGAACUAGGCUAUUUGAUUAAACAAAUACUUUAAUCAGGAA